UCUAGUCUAGAAUUCUGAAUAGUACUAUUAUUAUUAUAAUUAGUAUUAAUUUGUUGCAAUUUGUAUUAAUUAACUGUAUAAUCACUGUUAUAAUGUGUAUUAUCAUGAAUGAUAAAUUAUUUAGUCUACACUAGUACAGUAGUCACUACUACUAAUCUAUAACUCCACUGUCACUACACUACAGAUCUAGAUGUAGACUGUACAGACAAAUGAUUGACCAAUUAUAAUCUAGAUUCUAGUUCUAGUCGACUUAAUGAUGUCAAUAUGAUCAGAACUUCAAGUUAAUCUAGUUGGCUGGCUUAGACUUAGAAAGAAAGAAUGAUUUAAAAUAAUAAAAAUGAUCAUUAGUCUUAGUCAUUAGUUAGAUCUAGAUGUGUAUAUUGUUAGAUAGCUAGUUUAGAUAGUUGGGUUGCGCACUUCAUUAGGCCCACAGUGAACGUACAUUUUAUAGUGACGACGUAGACUUUGGGUUAGAGAUUAGAAUAGACUUUUAGAAAUCAGUUACUGCUAGACUGUUGAGGGGUAAACAUCAUUAUUAGUGACGGACUAGACUGUGGCCCAUUCUGUAUUAAAAGUUAUUCGAAGUUUCAUCUUGAAUCAACUUAGUCAUUUAGUCUUUGUUCCUAUUGGUACCUGUUUAUUCAUUCUUGUGACGGAUGUCAUAAUAAAGAAACUUGCAACUGUAAUUCAUCUUACAAGGUUCUACUCUUUUAACUAAAAAAAAGCUGUUUUAACAGACACAACAAUAUGAGAUUAUACAUGCCCCCAAUCAAGCAGUUGUAAGCAAAGUACUAGUGGACCACAAAAUAGUAGAUUCAUUCAUCAUGAGUCGACAGACAGCUCCUGGGCCCAAGAGCAGAACAAUACAAGUGAAUGCCCUGCCCAAUCCUGCAUUACCUAUGCAGACUUCCGAGCUAAGUUCAGCUGUCUGGGCAGGCUCAACCAAUGGCACCUCAGAUCUUGCCAGCUAUUUUGAGUGUCCAGUUUGUUUUGAUUAUGCACUGCCUCCCAUCAUGCAGUGUCAAAGUGGUCACAUUGUAUGUCAGUCCUGUAGACAGAAACUUACCAUGUGUCCAACUUGUAGAGGUCCUUUAGGCAACAUCCGUAACUUGGCCAUGGAGAAAGUGGCAGCAUCUGUGCUUUUCCCCUGUAGAUAUUCCAACAAUGGAUGCCAGUCUACCCUGCUACACACAGAGAAAAGUGAUCAUGAAGACACUUGUGAACACAGGCCUUAUACAUGUCCAUGUCCUGGGGCCUCCUGCAAAUGGCAAGGCUCACUUGAACAAGUUAUGCCACAUCUCAUGCAGUCCCAUAAAAGCAUAACCACAUUGCAAGGUGAAGACAUAGUUUUUCUGGCAACAGAUAUUAAUCUCCCGGGAGCAGUGGACUGGGUGAUGAUGCAAUCAUGUUUUGGUCACAAUUUUAUGCUUGUCCUUGAAAAGCAGGAAAAAAUUGAUGGGCUUCAAAUGUUCUAUGCUAUUGUUCAGCUUAUAGGCACACGAAAACAGGCUGAGAAUUUCAUAUACAGGUUAGAACUUAAUGGCCACAGGCGCAGGUUAACCUGGGAGGCAGCGCCAAGAAGCAUCCAUGAUGGUAUACAGUCAGCCAUAGCCAGCAGUGAUUGCCUAGUGUUUGACACCAACAUAGCUCAGUUGUUUGCUGAUCAUGGCAACCUGGGGAUCAACGUCACUAUCACCAUCUGCGAUAGAUAGAUGAACUCACUCCUGCCCAAUGUUAAUAUUGAAACAUAAACAAAAAUGUAUUUGUUUUGGUCCUCUGUUGUUAUCCAUUGUUGUCUACAUCAUUACUUCCCCUUGUCAUGCAAAUGGUUGGUUUGAUACAGGUAUCAACUUAUCCACCAACAAAUAUUUGUACAUAGUUUCAUAUCUUCUCUUACAGGUAAAUAACACAUGCCAUUUUGAAGUCAUUUUAAUAAACAAAUCUCUAUGUAAUUAGCAAAGGAGACAAUAUCUUGUGGGAAUUCAAGAGUUGAUUGAAUCUAAGCUAUUGUCUUUUUUCCCGGCCAAUAGUCAAAAGUAAAUACUUAAUGGCAUAUCAUAUAUGCACCUUUUCACAUCACAAUGCUGACCAGUUUUCUUGAAAUUCUUCAUGCUGUACCUAUUGUGAUCAGGAAUAUAUGGUCAUCUUACGCAAAACAAAACACUUUGUGGUUUUAACCCAUUUUUUGUGUUGCAGGAAAUGUUACAUUUUUUAAAUGCAAAGUUUGAAGACUUGUGAGUUAAUAGUUCAGUGAUGGCUGACACAGGCUGCUGUGCAUUGGUCAGGAUAUACUUAAAAGUAUAUUUAUCAUGUAUUUAUUUAAUAUAUUCUGUUCAGGGCUUUUCCCAGGUUGAUUUGUUGAACUUUGUGGAUCUUUGAUUGGGGUACAUUUAUGCUUAGUUCCAUUGGCAUUUGACAAUGGUUUAGCUAAGUGUACUGGUCUUUAUAAAAAUGUCCAUCAAACUUUGGAUUGAUAAUUUACCAAGUUCAGUGCAUGGAUUGAUGUGCUGGGAUUCUUUACCUUGGUGAAAAUUGUUCCCAAGUUUGAUCAGUAAUAGAUUUAAAAAAACAACAUACUUUCCAUUAUGAGAAAUAGCUUGAAAUUUAUAAUGGUCACAGACUAUUUUAUCAUUUUUUAUAGUUACAUCUGAAGACACCUGCUUCUAACUUUCUUUAGACAGAAGACACAAAUGUACAUUUCAACCUUAGCAUUAGUGCUAGACUAGUCAGAAAGAUAAGGUGGAUGCUAAAAGUCACAUCUGUACAGAAGAUGUCCUAGUUGAUGAACUUAUGAUCUAGUGUUGUACUUAAAGUAGGUUAGCCCUUUAGUGAUCAUCAUCUUCCAAAGAGUUCCUUCAAGAGCAUGCAAUUUCCAUUCGCACAUCAACAAACUUUUUGCAACAUUCUAAUUUUUUGUUUUGUCCAUGUCCAGAGAGGAUACUAAAAAGGGAUUAAAUCUAAAAGAAACAGUUUAUAAGUCCAUGUAAUUGGACAUUUAAACAAAAAAUUAUUAAUGGUAGCAUCAUUCAUUCAAGUUGAAUGAAUUUCAUGCUUCCUGUGUCCAACCUUUUAGGGUUAUCAUUUGAAUGUUGAAACUUUGGCCCAUUUCAUAAAUUGUUUGUCUUGGGUAUAAAUUCUCAUUUUUUCUCCUAAUAUACCCAAUCAGAAAAUGUUUCAUGAAACUCAUAGACAAAGUGUCUCAACCCAGUCAUUGUGGCUGCAAAAUGGUGAAGGUCCUGGGUUAGUCUAAUGCUUGCACAUGACUAAUGAUUUCCCCCCGCAAAUGUUUUGUUCAAUCCGUAGACAAGAGAUUGAAAUAACUGAAGUGAUUGGAAAAUAUAUAUUGAACUUCUAACUAUUGUAGAUAUUGAGCACUUCAAUCUACUGGAAUAGAUAGAGAUAGGCACAAUUUAGUCUUCAAUUGAGUCAUUAGUAAAAAAAAAAAUCCAGCCAUCAUAAAUCAUGUUCAUUCAUUGGCUAGACUGUGGGUAUUUUUUUGUGCCUUGUUUCUUGGGGCAGUCACAGAGUCAUUAGUCAAAUAGUUGAGUUUAAGGAACUCAUUUUAUGGACUCUAUUGACAUAUGGUCUCAUUUUUUUUUUUUUCAUUUGAAUGUUUCACUGUUUUAAUGUUUAUGUGCAGGUUAUUUUCAUUGCAAUAUCAUCACUUUAUCAAUGAUCCCUUUGUGGGAGAAUGCAUUGUCUUAUUUUAUGUGCUAGCUCCCAGUGUGCUAUUUGUAGAUUUACAGUGGGGACAGAUCUUUAUGAAUAAUAUAAUAAUUUAUCACACCAUAGUUUGUAUUUUGUGUCUAAUGUUAGAAAUUUUUAAUUUUCUUUUUGAUUGACAUCAGUGAUAAGAUUUCCACAUUGUACUCAUUACUUCCCCAAUUCUCAUCAUUGAGAUGUUGGAUCAGAAUGUUAUUCCUUUGUCUCAACGUUAGUUAAAGAUAGUGCAGACUUUUGUUUUUACAUUGCAGUAUCCUGCUCUUAUUUCCCAUGGAACAUUUUCCUUUUUAUUAAAUGUCAAGAUCUGUCUGUUCCUUCGUACCGAGGGUAAUGGGCUUGGAGGGAUGCUCUAUUUUCUGAGAAAGAUGUCUGAUUGAUUGACUGGGUUCACGUGUUAUUUAUUCCUGUAGGUAGAUACGAGUGUCUCAAUGUGUCUGUGUCCAAGGUGCCUUCUGGUUGUAGAUGGCUGUUUCUAUUUUAGCCUUUUCCUAAUUUUAUCUAAAAGAAAAAAAUAGAAUUAUUUUAUGAAUAGUUUUUUUUUUUUUUAAACUAAAGAGAUGUUAAGAGAGGUCAAGAGCAUUUGAAAAUAACAGACAGAAAAGAGGGUGGAGUAUUAUGCUAAGAUUGUAGAAAGGUCUGAUAAUAUAAAAUAAAAACACAAGCCAGUAUAUCAUGACAGUUUGGACUACUAAAACUUUGUUUUUCAAUUUCAAGAAAUUGUCAUGUAUAGUGAUGUAGGAGCAGUCCUUAAGUUGUAUUCCACUAAACAUGCCUGCCAAGUGUUUGGUGUCUGUGUACAUAGAUUGAAUGAAGUCAUUAGUUGAACACUUUAUCUCUGUCAUUGUUCACCUGUACAAACUCCCUCCAAAGUCUAGGAUUCUAUAUUCUCACUUAUUCGUUGGUUGCUUUGAUAUUCUCUUAUCAUUGGUGACACGUUCUGUCAGACUCAAACUCAACUAAAAUAUAAAAUGAAAUAUAAACUCCUAUAUUCUUUUAUUAUUCAAUGCUUUGAAGAUUAAAACCAUAAGUUAGUUUGUGGUUCCUUGAUUUUUUUUCAAGAAUAGUAAUUUUUGUGUCUUUAUUACUGUCAAAACACUUUUAUAGUUCAGUGAAGAAAAGUUCUUACAUCCUGGCUUAAUAUCAAGGACUAGAAAGUAAAAUCAUUUUCGAUGCUGUUUUGACUUUGUCAUUCUCAACUAGCUUCUCUUUUUUUUAUAAGCUGGCUUGGUUUUACCAACGUACUGACAUUGUCCUUUUGACAGAACGUGCCACAUUGAUUUGAUUGUGGGAAUAUUGCACACAGGACUUGAAGUAGAGGUUUUGUUGUGGCUAUGUUGCACACAGGACUUGGAAGUAGAGGUUUUGUUGUGGCAAUGUUGCACACAUAAAAAGUUUUGUUGCUCUUAUUUUGGAUAAAAUCCUUGUCUGAAAUUUCUCACUGCAUGUUUGAUUAAAAUGUAUUGAUACAUUACAA